GCGGCACCCGAGGUUGGGCGCCGCCAGACCCAGCCCUGGGGGCGCGGUCGCCAGGAUUUCAGUGUGCCCAGAGGGGCUCCGGGCCGCCGAGAGCCGCCGCCGAAUGACUUUUGACAAAAAAAACCCUUGACCACCAAGGCCAGCCUCUUCCUGAAAGUCCCGCUCGCUCCGAUACAGGAAGUUGAAGGGAGCGAGAGCCCCAGAGCGCGGCGGCGGCGGCGGUGGCUUCCCCACUCGGCGCGGGGUGGCGGCGGCGCCCGCCCCGGCCCUUCCCGAGGGCCAGCGCCUGGGGCAUGCGGGCGCCCGGGACGUCGCGUUUCGCGCGGCGCGGAGCCUGAGACCCUCCCUGCGCCUUUCCGGAGCUGCCGGCGGCAUGAUCCGACGGGCCGGGGCGCUCGCGCGCGGGGACCCCGCGGGUUCUAUUCCAGAUGUCGGCAAAGGAGAGGAAGAGGAGGAGGAAGAUGGCAUGGGGCUUGGUCUGCCAACCACCAUGAAGAACUGCCUUCCCCGCCGGGGCAUCAGCGUCCUGGAGAAGCUUGUCAAAACAUGCCCAGUGUGGCUGCAGUUAGGUCUGGGCUAUGCAGAGGCGGCCAGGAUCCUGCACCGGGAAGCAGCCGGGAUGUUCCUGGUCCGCCGGGACAGCAGCCUGAAGCACCUGGUGCUGUGUGUUCACUUCCCUUCCCUGAAGGAGAGCUCGUCUGAGGUGCUAGAAUAUACCAUCAAAGAAGAAAAAUCGAGUAAGUACCUGUCCUCCCCAUUCUGGUCCCAACCGCACAGCAGCGCACAGCAGCAAACAGCAGCAGCAAAUGCUGCACGGCUAACCACAGACUCUCUUGUCUACACAGGAGGUGUUUAAAAUUAGAAGGAGCUCUUAGGGUUUUUAAGUACGUGUUAAAAUAAGAACGAAAAAGAAGAAUAAAAUUAGAAGGGGGGAAAACUUUCAAAUGAAGUGACUUAGCCAUGCUUAUUUUGAAUUCAGUUUAUCACUCAAAAGUCAAUGUUAGUUUCCGCUUACGCUCGUCUUGGCUUGUUGACUGGGCUUCCUGUGGCCACAUGAAGUUUUCUCAUUAGCUCAGCAAGGAUGCUGGAGACAAACAAAAAAAAGGAAAGGAAAUGUCUGAGCCCCUGAGUCCUAGUGUAAGCUCAGCACACGAACUGGGUCACUUCACCUCUCUAACCCUAAGAAAGUCACUGAGUGGGUCAACUAACCCAAUGUGCUCGAAGGUUGUUAUUGAACUAGAGUCACUACACCUCUCUAACCCUCAGUUUUCUUAUCUGUUAAAUAGACACAGUAGUCACUGUCCUGUUUGUCUCGCAUUGCUUUUUUGAGGGCCAAAUGGGCAAGUGCUUUGAAAGACAGAAAUCUUGUGUGUGAGCAGGGUUACCUGAAGCAGGCAUGAGAUAAGCCUCAGUAGAAAAAUGUUUUGGGGCCCCCAGUUUGUACUGAUAUGCAAUGCAGCCAGGUUUGGGCCCCUUGUGGAUAGCUGGACUCAGCCAUCUGUGCCAGUUUCCCCAUCCUCAGGGUCCAUGUGUGCACAUGCUAUGUACUAAGAUCCAAAAGGCCUAUUAGAAGAAUCCACGGAUUAUUGCAAGCACUGACUUUUGUCCUUUGUAAAUGGAUCCAGGUUGUUGUGGGAAGCUUUUUACCCUUGGUUAGAAGUAGAGUGAAAAGACUUAAAGAAGAAGGCUCAUUAAAUAUUUUACAGAGCUUGCUUCUCGAGAAACACUUGUCCCCAGUGUCAGACUCUGACAGAGUCCUGGCCUUAGGGGUCUCCCAGUCUGGUUGGAGGACAAGGGACAUGCUGGGGCAGGAGAGGCAGACAUUUCUUGCUGUGCAGUGUAGCAGGUGUAACUGCAAAGAGACCUCUGGGCGGGGACCACAGAGGAUGCAGGGGGACCUUGGGGAGGGUGUCAAAGAGGAGGAAGCCUUCAAGCUGGUCCCAAUGGUGAGUUCA